UCAGGUCCCUGCAGUGAUUGGUUUAGCCGGACGUGAAUGAUGCGGCCGUGAUUGAUGAAUUUUUUUCUUUCACCCGGGCCUGGUCUUUGUAUACUCCUAGCCUUACAGUGCUAGAGCGUUUUGCACUGUAGUUUGAUUGUAUGAAUGAAAAGCGCGCUGGGGACACUGCACCCUCAGCGUACCUGCUUGCUUCCCACGCCUGCAAUGCAGGAGAUGCUACUCUGCAGGCUUCUCGGUGCAGACCUUUAAUGGCCAGAGGGCCCAGCUGAAAAUAUCGCAAGCAUCGAAAGUCUCGCUGCGGACCUUCACAGGGAGACAGUAGGAUGCAUUUGGCAGAAGAUUGAAAGACUUCUCAUCUAGUUAUUCAGAUGCAUCCUGCGUGCGAAAAUGUGUUCUAAGAUUCACUAUUGGAAUAGUUUUGUACGGCCUGCUUCCGACGGGGGAUAUGAGGUCCCUUCCAAAGCGAGCAUCUGAAAGUAGAGUCAUGGGCCUUUGAUGGUGUAUCAGACUUGUGGAUGGAGGAAAAGCAUUCCGGAGAGGGAACAGCAAGUACAAAGGUCCUGAGCCAGGGACAAGCCGACAUGUUGGAGGAGGAGUCACACCAGUGAGACGAGGGGAGUCAUACAAGGAGAGCAGAAGGAAGCAGAGCUGGAAACGGGGCUUGGAGAACUUGUAAGCUCCCUGACCUGGGCAUCUCUCUGUGAGGAGGAAGAGGGCAGGCCUGCUGUCUCGGAGAUCCUGUGGUCACCUCAUCAGGAGUCCUGAGUGCCCACUUCAGGUGUCAUCAGGAUGGAGUUCUGAAGUCCAUGUGGCUCCUUGCGGUGAACCAGGUGUUAAAGAAAAUGCAGAGGCGCCACAGCAGCAACACGGACACCAUUCCACCUGAAAGAAACCGCAGCCAGGCACUCAGUCCCGAGGCCAGCGUGGAUGAAGGCGGCGUGUUUGAGAGUCUGAAGGCCGAGCCGGCCUCGCCCCCUGCGCUCUUCUCCGGCCUGGCCAGCAGCCUGCCCGCAAGCCCCUUCCCGGCCAGCCUGGUGCUGGGCUCCUCGGCAAGCGGCGGGGACGUGUUCAUCCAGAUGCCCGCGUCCAGGGAGGAAGGAGGCGGCCGUGCCGGCGAGGGUGGCACCUACCACCACCGCCAGCCUCACCAUCACUUCCACCACAGCGCCCACCGCGGGGGCUCCCUGCUGCAGCACGUGGGUGGGGACCACCGCGGACACUCGGAGGAAGCGGGUGACGAACAGCCAGGGACGCCCGCGCCGGCCCUGUCCGAGCUGAAAGCUGUCAUCUGCUGGCUGCAGAAGGGGCUGCCCUUCAUCCUGAUCCUGCUGGCCAAAGUGUGCUUCCAGCACAAGCUUGGCAUCGCCGUGUGCAUUGGGAUGGCCAGUACCUUCGCCUAUGCCAACUCCACGCUCCGGGAGCAGGUGUCCCUGAAGGAGAAGAGGUCCGUGCUGGUCAUCUUGUGGAUCUUGGCCUUUCUGGCGGGGAACACCCUAUAUGUGCUGUACACAUUCAACUCCCAGCAGCUGUACAACAGGGAAAGUUCUAUCUGGUCAUUGAGGAGCUGAGCCAGCUGUUCCGGUCGCUUGUCCCUAUCCAGCUGUGGUACAAAUACAUCAUGGGUGAUGACUCCUCCAACAGCUAUUUCCUGGGAGGGGUCCUGAUCAUUCUCUACAGUCUCUGCAAGUCAUUUGAUAUCUGUGGCCGUGUGGGUGGAGUCAGAAAAGCCCUGAAGCUUCUCUGCACCUCUCAGAAUUAUGGUGUCCGAGCCACUGGGCAGCAGUGCACCGAAGCUGGAGAUAUCUGUGCCAUCUGCCAGGCUGAGUUCCGAGAACCUCUGAUUCUCCUGUGCCAGCACGUGUUCUGUGAGGAGUGCCUCUGCCUGUGGCUGGACCGCGAGCGCACCUGCCCGCUCUGCCGCUCCGUUGCCGUGGACACGCUGCGCUGCUGGAAGGACGGGGCCACAUCGGCGCACUUCCAGGUAUACUAGCGCCAGACCUCAAGGAUGCCCAGCAGGUGCCUGAGGGUCAGCGCCCAAGUCCUGCACUGGGGGUUUCCUGGAAAACAAUCUCCAGCACCGAGGUCAGGCUUCCGCCAGCUCCAGCCCCCAGGGUAGGCCUGGGCCUUCACCUCCGCCUCCACCCGCCUUCCUCCCACGUUCUGCAGGACAGUGAGAACACCUUCCCCUCCAGGAGGGGAGGCCUCCUCCUGCAGAUGCAGUCUGCCCCAGGUAGGUCAUCCACCCUCCUCCGAGUCAAGGAAUCUGUAACACAUGAAGUUCCUCCCUUCUCUUAACCAAGUACCGAGUUCCUAGUACUCAGUGCUGCGAACUGGGGAGGGGCAUGGCAGUCACUGCCUCGACACAUGGCCCGGGCCUGCAGUGACACUCUGAAGUAUUUUCAGAGUCCAAGCUGCCGUCUACCUAGAUUAACUUAAUGGAUCGGUCACUUAGCAUGUGCCAGGCACAGAGUCGAGCAUCUAGUGUGGAUCACUUCCGGUCAUCCUCACCACGGUCCUGUCGUGGACUGUGGUACACUUGGCCCACUCCCACUUGACAGCUGCGGAAACUGAGGCACCAAGUGUGAUGUGGUAACUCUCCCCAGAGUCCUCUGACUAGCGAGGGCUAGCUGAGCUCCCAGCCAUCACGGGCCUGGUCUGGCGUCAGAGUCCGCUGAGGCUGCAGGUGUCGGGCCCAGCAGACCUGAGAGGUUGAAAGCACAGCGGGUGGUUUCGAUGCCCCUCCCUGCUUAAGACUUUGUGGCCUUGCUGGGUACGGUGGUGCCUGCCUGUAAACCCAGCGCUUGGGAGGUUGAAGCAGAUCAAGAGUUUGAAGCCAGUUUGGGCUACAUAGGAAGAUCCUGUCUCAAAAAACAAACACAAAGGAGUGCAGCACGGGUGUACCGCAUCGUGGGUACGGACCACACUGAGAAUGUGAGCCGUGCGCGCCAGCUCCUGAAAUCCGCUGGUGGCUGCGCCCGUGGAAAGACUUCCAGCUCUUCUCCUGGGAUCGGGCUACAGUGCUCAGUCCCAUUUGGGUUCAGAUAUGAUAUCCCUGGGUGUCCCGUUCCUGUUUCUUUUCUCCUCCUUCCAUCCUGUCGUCUCCCUCACGCCUGUCAGCAGCUUCUGUGGACCUGGCUAUCUCCUCCAGGAGGCUUCAGAGCAAAAGCGACAAUCCGUAACGUGAGCCAGGGGGUGGUGUGGACCACAAUAGAUACCAUGUUUUGUGAUCGCUGUGACAAGGCUGUUUGUCUGCCCCUGCAACUCCUGCUUGGAGAUCUGGGCUACGAUGGCAAAGGUGACACAGAAGCCACUGGAAUCUUGCCCACCCUACCGCUCUCUCAAUUCUUUCUCUUGUCGUCAACCUCAGCACAGUGGCAUGUGGCACCAGCCGAGUUCCAGAGAAAGCCUCUGUCUGACUAGUGAGCAGGUUAGCAUGCCAGCCCCAGGGACAGAACAGAGCCCUGCUCCCCGCCGGCAGGUGCAGGACAUUUGUCCCCGUGUGCCGCCGUGCCGGGACUUCAUCUUUUGCUUGACAUCCUUGGCUCUUUCCUGCUGCCCAGCAAGACUCCCCUUCCAGGGCAGCAUGGCAUCUUUCAAGCUCUGUUACUAUGGUGACGGCUGUGAUGUUAACAAUCCCACUUGUCUGGAUAAUCAAGUAAGAAAGGGAAGCAGAGGGAAACAUACAAGUGGAUUCGGCUACUCUGUCCCCUCCACCUUCUCCAAAACAAAGCAACAGGCACUUCGGCCCCUGGUUCUUAUCAGAGAGAGCGUUGUGCCCGCCAGUGCUGUCAGAGGCACGAGGGGCGGGAGCCGGCCAGGACUUACUCAAGGGCCAGCGCGGGAUGGAGACGACAGAGCGGCCUGUUGGGAGGCAGACCCGGAAUCCUGGCUGCAGACUCCUGACCGCGUGGCUCUGGGAAGUCAGUCCCUUUACCUGCUGUCACCAUCGCCGGGGUGACCAAAGCCGGUGUGUUGUUUGCUGGAACCAAGGCAACUAACAGUGCGGGUUACUGGCGGAUACACCCAUGGUUUCGCCCAUUACACCCAUGCCUCCGAAGGAAGUGUUCCCUUAGCAUUUUGCAGACAAUGAGCCAUGCCUCUGACACUAUAAAGAAUGUCACCUGUGGGGCACCUCUGGGGGCAGGUGGGAUGUGUUUGUUCAUUCCCUGCCCUCCAGGGAAUCUUCACAUCUGGAGAUUUUCUUCUGGGUGGGAGGAUUCUCUCUCGGCCCUGGAGGGGAGCAGAGGCUUCCAAAGAGAUUUUCAAGCAGCAGGCUGCUCCGAUUCCACUACGCUGGAGUGGAAGCAGCCAGGAGUCCCUGCCGAAGCAGAAGAGUGUCGCCGUCCUUUACCCACGUUCCCUGCAACUCAUUGGUUGUAAACAGGAUUAAUCAAGUAUCAGGUUCUGAGCGUCCUGCUCUUAAUAUUUUAUGACUCACUGAGUCACAGAGCCCUCGGAAAUAAAUAGUCCUGUUCAUAGAAGCACACCGGAAGGUAAUCCAUGUGUGGGAAUAAGGAGGGUGCACUCUGGACUUGGAUCCAGAGAGGAGGUGCUGUGGAGCCUCGUGACAUCCCAGAUGCUCAGGAGGACGUGUGACAGUCCUGGGAUCUUUUAAUACUUUCCUUCUGGGGCAAGCAUCUGCCUUCAGUGUCUUUGUGUCUCCUGAAGUACCCUCUGCUGAUAAAUGUCAUCUGUUGACA